AUGGAGGUAUCGCUGCAGCGUCCCGCUUUGGUCCUCGGCACCGCAGAUGAGGACCUGGAGCCUUGUGACGCUGGCGUGCCGGCGCAGAGCACCGUCCAGGCUUUGGUCCUCGGCACUGCAGAUGAGGACCUGCAACCUUCACAGCUGACGCAGUCCCAAGGCGUAGGGCUUGUGGAGUCAGAUGAGCGCCUGCGGUUUGCCUUUCGGCCCUCGCGAGAGACAGCAGACAGACGGUCUGAUCCAGCCCAGUUGAUCCUGAGCAAGCUUCAGGAAUGCGCCAGUGAUGUAGGAAGCUGUACCAGGCGACGUUCGCAAUGCUUGAGCGCGCCACGGAGUACGUUGGUGGAGGUUGGCGACGACUCCGCGUUCGACAUCAACCUCCUGGCUCCGGUGCCGAUCAUCACAGCGGUGCAGACCAUGUGCAAGGCACAGGGCUGGUGCGCCGAGGCAGCCCUGCAAGGCCUCUUUACUGUCACCGGCUGGCUGGAGCACGUGGACACCAGGAUCCAGAUCUCGGAGGGUGAGGAGCAUGCCAGAACACCCACCUUGGCAGCGUUCUUCGGUUCGCGGGCAAGCAACCGCAAGAGCUCCAUGCAUAAGUGGCUACUUCAAGAGCUGCUCGACAUCGACACGCUGCCGCACGGCGUCAAGGGCUCGGCGGCAAUCGCUACCGACGCGACCAUGAAAGGUCACCGCAACAACCUGUACAAUUACAGACGCUCAGGCCUCUCUUCGACGGAGCUGAGCGAGACCUACAAGACGUCGUGGACCGACCCAUCCAUCCCGCAAGCCAAGCUGGCGGCCAAGUCUCUCAUCAACAAGUUCGUGCACUCAGAGCGCGAUGCCUCCCUCACCGGAGCAACGGUGGACGACAACCCCCACUAUAGCUUCUAUCAUUGGAUCAUCGGACACGUUCAGCCGUUAUCGGAGGUUCUGUCUUUGAGGAAGGGGGCCGAAGUCGGCUUCCCGAAACGUUUCCACAUCGUCGUGAAGGGCAUGAAGCCGGCCACGAUACCGGAGCAGGAGUGUCUAGAGUCCAAGCAGUUCCUUGCCGACUUCAUGGCCGAGAGAGCCACGCAGGGGGAUGAGCCCAACAAAGGCGCCACGGUCACGUGCGAUGAGUUCGCUGCCGGCUGGCUCAGGCUCAUCCAGCAAUGCGUUGACGACUUCGCAGAGUCGGUGAGCCUGCCGGAGACGUGGUCCCAGAAAUUGGACUAUGCGCAUCAAGCCGCGUGCCCCCCUGAAAACGAGGGCCAUCAGCUUCUCAGGUCCCUUCGGCUCCGCGCCGGGCUUGGCUUCGAGGAGAAGGCCAUCGGCGACAUCCAGUACGGCAUCCACUCCUGGAGCCGCCAGCUGGAGUUCUACUCCGGCCUGGUGGUUGCUGCUGACAAGGCCGGGGCUGAAGCUACGUCUACUGGGCCCGCCCAAGGUCAAGAUGCUUCUCACCUCUGCAUGAAGUGGGUCUUGCAGAGCACUCCAAGCACAACUGAGGUGCAGAGCACGAAGGAUGUCAGGAAAAAGCUCAAGGGUCGUCUGCAGGCUUUGUGUGAUCGUGGAGCCAAGGGAGACCGCAAGAAGAAGGUCAACGGUCCCGCCAACACCUUGCUACAAGCUGUUCGAGACCUUGCCUCGCAUUCCCUUCUGGACAUUGUCCCAGGGCAAGGCGGUGGUCAUGCGACAUUGACCUUUCGUAAGAGGAAGUGGUCGGACAUCACAGAUUGCCAGGACUCCAGAGACAUGUGCAAGUCCUUGCGCGUUGGUAGUGAGCUCUUCCCGUAGCAAGGCUGCCAGGCAAUCGGGCGCCGGAGCUGUUAGGCCCUCUUGCUUCCUGAUUGACGUUUGUUGCCGCGGAGCAGUUUGGGUUAGUUGACAGUUUGACUUACUGCUGCAGGAUGUCUUCUGACCGUGUCGCAGGCGCGUGGCGUUGCAAACAGUGACCAAAGCUCCAAGUCAAAGUUCUGCACAAGCGGGAAGUUGUUUGGGGUAACUGUUAGCUGCUCGUCAGACAGGUUGCGAAGACCUAGCGUGCUUGGUGCUUUCGCCGAGCUGUUAGGCUCUCUUGCUUCCUGGUUGACGUUUGUUGCCAUGGGUAUCGUUUGUUGGCUUCUUUGGAUAUUGCCACAAGACGUCUAACAUCACCGGAUCAGAUUCUGGGGGCUUAGAUCCUGCAG